AAAGUAAGGAAAAAAUUUUAGUUUAUGCCUUUUUGUCUAGAAAAUGACAUUCACAGGAACUGAAGUACCAGAACAGACAGGCUAUCUCAUAAUAAAUGAAGAUGGUGGUGUUGUAUCUUCAGGAGGAGACUUAGAAAAUGAUGAACAUGCUGCUAGUGUUAUUAUGAAUAUGUUAAAUUUAAUUGAAAAAUCUACAAUGUCACCAACUGAGAAUAAAGAACCCUUCAAAAGAUUAUCUAUACAGUAUGAUGAUCAUUUGUACAUUGUAAUGGUAUCCAAUAAGAAGAUCCACGUUGUGAAGAGAAAUUAUGUUCCAGCUGAACCAGUAGAAGCUUGAAAUUGAAAAAUAAUCAUUCUGUCUGAAAAGUGUUCUUCAAACAAGUUUUAUUUUUCUGAUAUGAUCUGUAUAAUAUAAAAACAUUCUGUUAUAUUGUACAGUAUUACGUCAUGUUUUGUUCUGUGAAAUGUACAGAAAUGUGUGUGUCUAUAUAUAAACACACACACAUAUAUUAUAGAGAAUAAAAUAUUUCACAUAAA